AUUUGGUGAUAUUAGAAGAAAAUAGUUUCCCUGCCGGCAUGUGUUUUCAUAACAAUCGUCUCGCAGAAUAUUUUAUGUAUUUCGAAUUUUUUUCAUAGUAGGACGAUUUUUGCAGAACACAUAAAACAUCGAUAUGUACAUUCUCCAAUCGACAUUAUAUGGUGUUUUGUAUCUAUGUGGAUUAUUCUUGAGUAUCUGUUGUGAGGAGGCUACACUCGAUGAUGUCACGUCAAUUACUCCCGAACUCAAAAAUAUACAUUCAUUUUUCUAUAAAUCUACAAAAGAAGACUUAUCUAGUGCAUUUGUAGAUGCAAGGAAAGAUGAGAAAUCCUCUGCCAUGGCAUCACCAUGCAACUGUAAAGAUAUGGAAGAACAAAAUACCCAGGAUGCAAUUUUCUACAAACGUUUGAUCACUUUAUUAUUAUCAAAUCUUGCGAUGCAGAAAGUUGAUAAUGGAUUAGUUGGAACGCUUAGCAUAAGCAUGUCUUCUGCACAAUUCGAAUACCUUCAAAACUUCGUGAAUGGCCAAGGUUCUAUAAGAGAAGUUGAUAGAAUACUUGAUGAUAUGAUAAAGCAAUCUGAAUACUCAACAUGUUACUAUAUGGCUGAGAUGUUUCAUUACUUUGAUUUAUUUGUGAGCAAAAUAUCAGACCAUUGGGUGCGUUAUCUGUCGCUUAUGAAAGAACAUUGGGACAUAACUAUAAUCUCCUUUACAGUCAUAGCUAGUUUUAUGAUUUUGAGAAGGCAAAGAUGGUCCCGAAGUUUGCUUAUCUUUCUCAUAAUUGAUAUUAUAUUUGUAAUGAGUUUUUUUAUGACCUGGUGGCGACUUAUACAGGAAGCAGAAAUUAAAUUCAUGGCGGCACAAGCGCAAUUUCGAGAAAUGCCGAUUGCUUGUCAACCACAUAAAAUGAAUCUUUGGGAUAAAAUGGUUACAUGGUUUUCUCCUACAAAUUGUGAAAAAUACUAUGAAACGAUUAUGACUAAUCCUAGACUGAAAGUGACACCAGCAUUAGCAUUGACUCACUUUCUCAGUACAGUUAUUUUCCAACCUUUAUCAUACUUUGGACUUGCUAUAUCUGAAUUUAUAGAUAAUGCUACUGGUAAUCUGAACUUUUUCUAUAGGUUUCCUGUUAUAAUCAUUAUUUUCAUAAGUAUCUGCAUAUGUAUAAUAUUGAUACCAUUUUCGUGGAUUGGCGGAUCUAUUAAUUUUGGUAUUGGACCAUUCUUUAAAUUUGCAAUAAAGGGCAGAGAAAGCUCUAAAGAACAAGAACGCAUUGAUCGGAUUUACGAGAACACUUUACUUAAGCAACAAUUGAAAGAAUCAGAAGAAAUGAAGCAAAUUACAUUGGAACAAGAUAAUGAUCCUGCUGGAGGCGAUGUUGAUAUGCAUUAUUUAAAGAAAAAACGUAACAAAUGCAAGUAUGAAAGUGAAGAUAGAGAUGGAAACAUGGAAAUGGAAUGUAAAAAGAAAAAAAAGAUGAUUGUGAUUGCAAUUGCUAACGAUGUACUUCUUAUAUUGUCAUAAAUACAGUAAUUAUUUUAUUAAUAAU